AUGGACUUACAAGUUUAGAAACUUUAACAAGAAAUCACAGAGUAAUAAAUAUAAGAUAAUUUGAUAGUCUAAAAGAGUAUGAGUAGAUGCUUGAAGAUUAAAUAAAGGAACAUGAAGAGACAAUAGAUAAAUAGAAGUCAGAUAUAAAUAGUAAGGAGAGUGAAAUAAAGAGUCUGAAAAAAUAAUUAUAAGAUGCAAUAAAAAAAGCAGAUGUUAUAGUAAUAUUGACAUAUAAUAAAAGAAUAAUUCAGAUGAUGUAAGUGGAGCUAAGAUUAUUUAAUUGGAGGUAGAAAUUCAUGAUCUAAAUAAAUAAUUGUAAGAAUCAACUUAAAAAAUUAAAACACUUACACAAUAACUUAAGUAAUCAUUAAAAUUCAAAUUAGUGCUAAAAUUGAUGAGAAUGAGAUGGAUAUUGAAAUCCUAAAAGAUGAUCAUUAGAAAUCUUUAAAUGAAUAAUAAAUAUAAAUAUAGGCAUUAUAAAAGACAAUAGAUGAAUUACAAAAGAUAUAAAGUAAUGUAGAAGUAAAAUAAUCUCAAGAGAUUGUUCCAUCUAAAUAAAAGUAUAAUAAACUGUUAAAUUAGUGAUUUAGAUGAACUCUAGAAAUAGAUUGAAAAGUUAAAAAAUUAAAUAGAAAAAUAAACUAAUCAAUUGUAAAUUCAAGAUAAACAAAUUGAAUAAUUUUAAUUAAAGGAAGGAAUGUAAGGAAGUAUUGAUGAAAUUGGUAAAGGUUCUUAAGUAGAAUAUUAAAAUUAAGAAGAAAAGAUUGCAUAAUUAGAAGAAGUCUUGAUUUAAUAUUAAGAAGAGAAUUCUUAAUUUGUUAUUAAGAUAGAGGCAAAUUAAAAAGAAAAAUAAUAACUUAAAUAAUAGAUUGAAUUAUUAGAAAAAUAAAACAAAGAAUUAUAGUAAUAAGAAUAAGAUGAAAGUGUUGCAUAAUAACUUGAAGAUCUUAAACUAUAAUUUGAAGAAUUAAUUGAAGAAUACAAUUCUAUCAAUUAGAAACUAUAACAAUCUGAAUAAGAUUGUUAAUAAUUAACUGAUAAAUGUUAAGAGUAUUUAUCUGUUAAGGAAUAGUUAUAAGAUUAGAUUACUUAAUUAGAAACUACUUUAGAACAUCAUAAUGAGGUUUUAGAAGAAAACAAUGAAUUAAAAUAAUUAAUAAAUAAAACAUAAGAAUAAAUCAAUAAUUUAUAAAGUAAUAAUGAGUAUUAAACUCUUUAUCUUUAAUUGAGAGAUGAAUAUGAAGAAUUUAAAGAAUAAAUUCGUAUUACUAUUAAAGAUAAAGAUCAAUAAUUAUAUUAAGCAGCAUAAUUUUGCUAAGAAUUAGAGGCUUUUAAAGAAUAAGCACAAAUGUUUGAAUAAAAUAAUCAUCUUUUAUCUAAUUAAUUAUAAACUUAAUAAGAAAAUAGUGAAAAAUAUUAAUAAAGAAUUGAAGAAUUAGAAAAUUCAUUACAUGCCAUAUAAAGUUAAAAUUAAGAUAUUAAUAGUGUAUUAUAAAAACUAGAUUAAUUAAAAUUAGAUAAUGAAAAUUUAAAAACUUAAAAUUAUAAUUUUACUGAAACUAUUAAAAAUUAUGAAAUUUAAAUGGAUGCACUUAAAUAAAUUGAAUGUGAUUCUCCUAAAAAAAUAUCAAAGUUAUAAUUAGAAAAUUCAGAAACUACAGCUGAAUAUAUCAAAUUAAAAGAAAACACAUAAAGAGAAAUACAUUUAUUAAAAUAAGAUAAAAGUAAUCUUUAAAAAGAAUUAAAUGAAAUUAAAUAAUUACUUGAAACUUAUAUUAAUAAUGGAGAAACCUUCGAAUCUUAAAUUUAAUAUGUUAUGGAUUAUUGGAAUAAACUUUAAUCAAUAUAGGAUGAAUAAAAUAAUAUGGUUGAGAAAUUUUAAUUAGAAAUUUAAGAAUUGAAUGAAAAUAUUGGUUAAAUUUAAUCUUUAUAAAAUUUAAGUACAGAUUAUUAAUAAAUAAAUUAAGAAUUGUAAUUAGGAAAUAUUUAAAAAAAUGAAGAUGUUAAAAAUGAGAAUUCAAAUCUUUCAUUAGAAAAAUUAAUGACUAAUGAUGAAAAUAAUUAAAAUAAUUUUCAUUUUGAUGUUAAAAAAGUUCAACUUGUUGAUUAUGCUGAAAAUUCUACUUAAACAGAGGAAAUUAGCGAAAAAAAGGAAGAAUAAUAAGAAUUAUAAAAAGAAUUUUAAUCUCAACUAAUUUAAACUGAUGAACUUAUUUUAUCUCCUUAAAAAAUGAAUGUUCAAUAAUUUAAUGAUCAAAUGUGCUAAACAGAGGAAUUAUAAGAAGAGAUGAAAGAAAAAUAAGAAUUGAAUCUUCAAAAUUAAUUAAUUUAAUUAACUGAUAUUAAUGAUCAAGGUGAUGAACUUAAUGGUUAAGAAAUUAAUGGAGAAGAAGAUCAUGAUUAAAGUAUAAUAUAAAAAUUAUUAUAAACAUCAGAAAAUUUAGAAGAUUAAAUUAAUUAGUAUUAAGAUUUAAAUUAAACAGAUUAAUUGAAGUAUUCUUAUAUUUUUAACAUUAUUUAGAAAGAAAGUGGAUGAUAUGGAUAAUUUAAGAAAAUCUUUAGAGAAAGAAAUUUUUAAUUUGAAAGACAAGAAUAAAAAAUUAGAAGAGAAAUUAUAAAAUAUUUAAAAGCCAGGAACUCCAAGAAGAUAAUCAGAUGCUAAAGAGGAAAGAAAAAAAUAAUAGGAUUAAGAAUUGGUUUAAAGAUUAUAAAAAUAAAUUAAAGAACUUUAAGAAGAAAUUCAAUCUGUUAAUGUCCAUUAAUUAAAUGAAUAAAUAGAAUAAUAAUCAAAUGAAAUAGAAUAAUUAUAAUAAGAAAUAGAAUAAUAUAAAGAAUAAUUAAUUAAAUAAAAACAAUAAUCAAUUAAAUUGAAAAAUUAAUUAGAUACAAUUUAUAAUUUAGGACCAUAGGCUUUAUCAACAUUAUAGAGUGAACCAAAUAGAGAGUUUUCAUAAACAUAAAUAAUUUAAUAGGAAAAAUAUUAAAUAUAAACUUAUUUAUAUAUAAAGUCAUAAAAAUCUUAUCAAUGUUAGUUUAUUGAAUUAAAUAGAAAAUAAAUAAAGUUAUUUUAAUCAAUAAAAGGUAAAAUUGAAAAAGCUAUGUUUGAUACUUAUUAAUUUGAUGAAAUAUUCUUUGAUACUCAAAAAAUAUAUUAAUUGUUAGAAUAAUCAAAAUUUAAAUUAUAAAAUGAUUUAACUAAAAUAUAUUUAAUUUUAGGGUAAUCUAAAACUCAUAAGAAAUUAAUAAUGAUAAUGUUGAUAGAAAUACUUUAUAAUUUAAUUUAGAAGCAACAAUUAAAUUAAAAAAUAACAUUUUGUUAUUAAGAAAGAAUAGGAAAGUAAUGGAUAGAGAUUGAAUAAUUUAAAAUAUAAACUUCUUCAAUAUCUGAUUUAGAAUAUACAGUAUAAGCUAUCAAAGUACAUUUGUUGACUAAAUAAAAAGCACUUGGUGAAAAAAUUCGAAAGUUAUCGAUUACAUAUUAAACUUAUGUUGAAAACUAAUUAUAAACAACAAGUAAUUUUAUGAUUGUAACUUGUCCGUCAUUACCUUAAGGAGAUUUCAAGAAUGUAAUAUAAAAGAUAUUGAAUUGUUAAAUUAAUACAAAUAUGUAAUUUAACAUAUUUUUAAAUAUAACACCUACUUUAUAAUAUUAUCAAAAAUCUGUUGAAAUUUUAUCAAUGGCUAAAUAAAUAAAAUAAGCAAAAGGUUAAUUAGAUAUAGCAUAAUUGAGUUCCAGUAAAUCUGUUAGUGAAUACAAUUUAGUUGAUGAUGAGUCUCAAAAAUAAAUGAGAAUGAUUAAUAAUAAAUUAAUUCUAAAAUAAUAAGAAGUUGAUUAAGGUAAAAAAGCUCUUGACUUGUAUAUAAAAUAAUUACAAGAGCUUUAAGCAAAACUUGAUAAUUCAUUAGGAUAUUAAAAUACUAUAUCUCUAUUGAUAAAUAAUAUUAUUUUAGAAAUAAAAUAAAAAAUUAAUAUAAAAAUGAAUUAGAAGAAAAAUAAGAAAUCUUAGAAUGUUGCAUUUUUAGAUAAAUUAGCAAUUUAAUUAGAUUAAAUUAUUAGAAAAUAAUAAAUAAACUUUUAAAAUAUAGAAAACGUGGAUAAAUUUAUAAAAAGUAAGGCAAGUGAGAUUUAAAAUCCAUUUUUAUGA